AUGCCCUUAUCUACAAAAUCAACUAAUCAAGAUGAAUCUUUCAUGACAAUAACUAAAGAAUGGCAAAAAUAUUUUGAACAACUUCUCUAUGAGUGGUUUAUUCUAGAGACUCUGCCUUUAUAUAUGCUUGAAUCGCUUUCAUUCCAAUGUUUCAUUAAUAAAUCCAUUCUGGCAUUCAAUAUUCCUAAUCGUAAAAAAUUUAAAAGAAAAAUUUUUGAGUCUAAAAAUUAUGUUAGUUUAAAAAUUUCAAAAUUAUUAAAGCGCAAAGCAAGUUGGUUUAAAGAAGUUACCGUGAUGAUUAAAAAUCUUUCACAUCCUCAUACCAGUGAUCAUAUUCAAGAAGCCCUAGAAAUA